ACUAAAAAAGUUGACACUUUUGAUUCUAUGUUGUGAUGUUGAGAAUAAUUAACAUGUUCCAUUUCAUGUGAUAAUAAUCAAUCAUCAUUCAAAAAAGAAAACACUUUUUUAUUUUUCAAACAACUUCUCUGCUUCACACAAUUUCCACCCAGUUAAGAGAAAACACUCAAGGAUUGAGAGGACUCAACUUUUAUAUUUGCAUCAAAUUUUGCACCAUAAUUGAAGAAGAUAGUUUGGUUUAAUUCCUUCAAUUCAUUCAGUAUUAAGAACUCAAUUUGAAGUGAUUUAUUGUGAAAAUCUCUCACUUUGAGUAUGACUGGAAGACAAGAUCAAUUAGAGAUCAAGUUUAGGUUGAGUGAUGGAUCCGAUAUUGGACCCAAAAGUUUUGCUGCUGCUACUAGUAUUGCAACAUUGAAAGAAAUUAUUCUUACUCAAUGGCCAAAAGAUAAGGAGUAUGGACCAAGAAGUGUAAAAGAUGUGAAGUUAAUUAGUGCUGGAAAAAUAUUGGAGAACAACAAAACAGUAGGGGAAUGCCAAAGUCCUUUGUGCAAUCUUCCUGGUGGAGUUACAACAAUGCUUGUGGUGGUGCAACCACCUAAUUUGGAUAAAGGUGAAAAAGAAGCAAGUGAAGCACAUCAAAGCAAAUGUGUUUGUGUUAUAUUAUAGUAUCCAUGAUUAAUAUAAGAUGCCCUCUUUUUAGCUGGUUUAAAUUCACAUUUGUAUUCAUUCUUAUUACAAAAAAUUUAUGGCUUUGAAAUGUUUCCUCACACACAAGUUCUUUGGUUGUACACCUUAGUUUCUUACACACAAUUUUCAUAGAUCAUUUUUUACCUUGACAUAUUGUAGUUGUUGAUUGAAAUGAACUCUAUCUACUAGUUUACCAUCAUGUCCUUGAUUUCCAUUUCAAAAUUAUUCAUGUGUCUUUGCUUGAUGCAAAAUGCUUCAAGAGUUAAACUUGUAUACCAAUUGAGGCAAUAGUAAAUUAACUACUAGUA